AUGCGUGCCCUCGUCGUUGUGUGCCUGAUCGCAGUUGCCUGCGCCGAUAAGCUCGGCUAUAACUACCAGCCCGUGGGACACUCUGGCUCAGGAUUAUCUUUUAAUCCUGGCAGCGGAAGUGGAACAGGACUCGGCGGUGACUCGCUUAGCGGCUACGAGAGUGGACCCAUUGGACUUAUAAGUGGAAGGCCAAGUGACUUGGACUCCAAUUUGGGCGCAGGCAACAGUGGAAGCGGAAAUAUCGGUGAUCUGUCCGACCUUGGUGGCCUCUCCAGCAAUAACAUCGGUAGUAUCACUGGAGGCAACCUCGGUGGUAUCUCCAGUGGUAACCUCGGUGGUAUCUCCAGUGGUAACCUGGGCGGAGGAAACUUAGAGGCUCCAGUCUCGUACAAUGCCCCUGCCCCAGCUGCUGAAUUGCAGAAGGAGUUCUUCACCUACACCGCCAACGAACAAGAUUUCGAUGAGCCACAAGCWYUGGAGAAGGUYUCCAGCUCUCUGAACAAAGCUCUGCGUGUUGUCUUCAUCAAGGGACCCGAGAACCGUGGUCUGGAGAACGCUGCUCUGGCUCUGGCCAAGCAGGCCGCCCAGCAGGAGACCGCCAUCUAUGUUCUGAACAAGCAAGCGGACAUCGGAGAUCUGGCCAGCAAACUGAAUGCCAUCCGCAGCAACAMCAACAACAAGCCCGAGGUGCACUUCGUCAAGUACCGCACCCCUGAGGAUGCUCUCAACGCACAGCGCGCCAUUCAAGGACAAUACGAUCAGCUGGGUGGUACUUCCAAGGCUCUUGAUGGUGGUGUUGCCUCCUCGUUGAACUUCGCUUCUCAGGCACCAACUCGCAAAGUUACUGCUCAGACCCCCGAUAACUCAUACUUGCCCUCAUCGGUCUUCCGUCGCCUGUAA